UAAAGUUUUCUUUACAAUGAAACAAUUUAUAUUAACUUUAUCAAUUAUUGUAUGAGGUUAUACCUUUUGAAUGUUUGUCAAAAGAUUAAUGACAAAUAUUUUUCUUUCUUGAUUAUACCGGAAUACGUGUCAAUUAACGUUCAUACAUUUUCUUGAAACAUAAGAAGGUGAAAUAAUAUAUUUAUCGGAAAGAUAAAAGUGUUUUUUUUUGUUUUAUCAAAAGCAUAGAUAUAUAAUAAAGUUAAGCAAUCAAAAAUUAAUUUGUGCGUGGUGUCAUCUUAAAACAUCAUAUCAACAUAUGGACCUUUAAAAUAGGUAUAAAAAUAAUGUCUGUAUGUUUGCAAUCUUUAUGGAUACGCUUACAUAUUGUAUUUAUAGAGAAAAAAUUUAGAUAAUGGGGUUAGGUAGUUUUCGAUGGAAACUAUUGCUGAUUGUUAUUAUAAUUAUAUUUCUAUGGCAAUCUUCAAAAAUAUGGUUAUCGUUUGCACAAGAUCAUGUUACAGAAGAAGAAUUUUUGGAAAGCGAAGUAAGGAUAAUAGAGAAGGAAGUUAAUGCAAAAGAAAUAGUUCAUAUAACUGUAUAUUAUGAGACUCUGUGUCCUGAUUCACGAAGUUUUUUUGUAUAUCAUUUAUUGCCAACUUAUAUGAAACUAAAGGAAAAUGUACAGAUCACAUUGAUACCAUAUGGAAAAGCUACGACAACACAAAAGGAUCAUACUUAUGAAUUUAAAUGUCAACACGGACCAAUUGAAUGCCAAGGAAAUAUAAUACAUGCAUGCGCCAUUGAUCUUAUAAAAGAUCAAUCACUUCUAUUGAAUUACUUAUCUUGCAUGAUUAAAAAUAAUAUAGAUCCAGAAAAUAUCAUGGAAAUUUGUGCACAGAAAAUGAAUGUGGAUUCUAAUGUUAUUUCCAAAUGUUAUUCCGGAGCAAAAGGGAAAGAACUUUUAGCUAAAUACGGAGAAUUGACAAGUGCUCUUAAGCCACGAAUUUCUUUUAUACCUACAAUCUCUCUUAAUGAUAGCGUUAAGGACCAGGCUAAAAUCUUGAAAAACUUAUUACAAGAAGUAUGUUUACUGUUUAAAAUCAAACCUGAAGGUUGUCUAUGAUCAAAGUAUAUUAUAUGUUAAAUGAUGUUUUUAAUCAAUGAGCUUCAUUUGAAUCUAAUGAAUUGAAAAUACCUUUAUGAAAUAUAUUUUUGAAAACACUUA